GGCUGGCUGACACCUUCUCGUCGUCGUCGUCGUCGUCGUCGUUCGUCGUUCGUCGUCGCCGAUAGUCGACUAUCGCACGGAGCCCGUCGUCGUCCUCGUCACGCCGUCCAGUUGAGCGAGGACGCACGCCAGCGGACUACGCGACCGAGCGGAACGGGCGGCGAGAGCGGAGCCGAGCCUCGACGCGGAGCCCUCAGCAGCCACACGAGAAGCCCGUUACGAUGAGUUUCCUAUUCGGGAGCAGGUCUUCCAAGACCUUUAAACCAAAGAAGAACAUCCCGGAGGGCACUCACCAGUACGACCUGAUGAAACACGCCGCCGCUACAUUAGGCUCCGGUAACUUGCGACUGGCCGUUAUGCUACCCGAAGGAGAGGAUCUGAACGAGUGGGUCGCUGUUAAUACCGUUGAUUUCUUCAAUCAAAUCAACAUGUUAUACGGCACUAUCACGGAAUUCUGCACGGAGGAGAGCUGCCCCAUCAUGUCGGCCGGACCGAAGUACGAGUAUCACUGGGCCGACGGUCACACGGUGAAGAAGCCUAUAAAAUGCUCGGCGCCCAAGUACAUAGACUACUUGAUGACCUGGGUGCAGGAUCAGUUGGACGACGAGACUCUAUUUCCAUCCAAAAUCGGAGUUCCUUUCCCCAAGAACUUCUUGUCUAUCGCGAAGACUAUCCUGAAGCGGUUAUUCAGAGUAUACGCUCACAUCUAUCAUCAGCACUUUAGCGAAGUCGUGCAGCUCGGCGAGGAGGCGCACUUAAACACGUCGUUCAAGCAUUUCAUAUUCUUCGUUCAGGAAUUUAAUUUGAUCGAGAGAAGGGAAUUGGCGCCUCUGCAGGAGCUGAUAGAGAAACUGACGGCGAAAGACGCGCGAUGAUUCCGCCCACCUCCGUCUACGAGCCACUCGUCCUCUCGAAACCUUUCCAAAGAAUCUCUCGACAACGCUGUCUUCGCUAACCCGCGCAUGUAAUUGCAUUAUUUAAACCGAUCUAUUAAUCGAUAACCCCCACGAUCUGCCUCCGUCUCGAAGAACUGGCGGCGAAAAUAUGCGCCGCCGUUCCGGAAACACGCGACUGAUAACAAGUAAGUCUACGGAGUGCGCUCUGAAACCUCAUUCUUUUCUGACGGCGCACGAAUGUACAUUCACUGUGCGCACACGCACGCACACACACACACACACACACACACACACACACAUAUAUAUAUAUAUAUACACAAAAGAGAGAGAAAAAAACUUAUCGAGUGGAUAAGGAUAACGAGACGGUAGUUCUGAGGCGGCGCGUUCAACUUUGUGACUCGGUUUUCUCCGAACAUUCUCCAAGCACGUUUCGAUUGUAAUUUAUUGUGUUUUAUCAAUUGCACCGUUGACAGGCGUAGAAGAGAGACGGUCGGAAGCGCGAUUUUUUUUCACAAGUACAAAAUGUCGGGCACAUCUUGAGGAAAAAAAAAAAGAAACGAUUUCAAAAGUGCUAGAUAAACGCGUCUCUUUUUCAUAAACGAACAAAACCGCUCGUAGUGCUCGCGGGUUUUCUGCAAUUUGUUUUUUUUUUGUUUGUUAUUAUCUACCGCUCUAUUAUCGGAUGUAAAAAUAACGUCGCUAUUAUAUAUAGAAAUUACCGAGCGUUUCGUGCGGCUGUGUGCGAACGCGACGGCAUAUCGUGUGAAUUUCGUAUGGUUACUUUUACGUCUUAGGGAUAGAUUUUGUAAACGAUUAUUUCCUAUUCAUUUCUAGCAUCCCGUGUCGUAUUUCUUAACGAGAAACUGCACAUUGUUGAUAAUAACAUAUAUAGAUAUAUAUAUUAGUGCCGUUAAAAGGGAAAGAAAAGUUAACGCGCAACGCUAUCGCAUUACUAUGUAAUGACUACUUUAAGACAUCGUCCUGUUAAGCGCUUAUAGACUUAUUUAUACAACUAGGGUUUUUUUUGUACGCGUUUUGUCCCCGUAGAAAGUGAUAUUUCCUGCUUCAGACGCUUUUUCAAAUACCGGUAGUCAGGCCGUCUACGUCGUCUUACUGCAAUUUCCCGUGUAAUUCUCGACAAUUUUCAGUUUCCGAUCUCUGAGAAUUAUCGUUACGAACGUUAUUGACAAAAAAAUGAUCAUGUUUUUGCUCCGUGAAUGUUGAUAUAUAACACGAUAUUUCACUGACUCAUAUUUAUCUUCGUCUUCACUCGCCUAAAAUUGGUUCUUCCGCUGCAUUAAUAAAUGAAAGAUUUCUACCGAGCAACACUCGAUCUCGUCCAGAGUUUAAAUUCGCAAAGUUCGACUUCGAGUGCGCUCUUUUUGUUUUCUUUUUUUUUCUUUUUUUUUUUUUAGUCGGUACUUAAUAACGAGAAUAGCGAUUGUAUAGCUCUCGAGCUGAAUGCGCGUCGCGACUCGUAUAACUUUCAAGUAUCAUUAAAUCGACAUCGCCGACUAUCAUCGCCACUUACAUAAGAUAAGUUCGAUUCGUCACGAACGUAUUGUGUUAAUUCGUCGUUUCUUUCGGCAGAGCUACGCGCGCGAUAACUGUGAAAUCUUUAGGGAGAGUCCGAAGUGCUGAGAAAAAGAUAAAAAGUUUUCAAAAAGGGAAACAUAUUUUUUUCAUUGCAGUAGGCGUUAAGAGUUCGAUCGCGUGAACCUCGUAUGUAUAUGUAUACGUAUAUACAUAUUGCAUAUAAUAAUAUUUUAUUAUAACGACACGUGAUUAAUGGCAGCGAAGUAACGUGAUAGCGUGGAACGAAGGCGGUGCGUAUAAACGCUAAAGUGUAGACGUAAAUGAUAGUAAUGAUAAUACUGUAUUCGGUACUUAAGGAGAGGCGGCAAGAAGCGGCGCGAGGGUUCAAAGAAUAAAGAACAACUCGUCUGCGUAUAUUCGAAAACAAUAGUGCCCGUUCGUGACCCGCGAUGAGCGAUAGUCGCCUACUAGAGAACAAUUCAUUCUCAACCGGUUAUACAAAUGCCUAUUUUUUAUCUUGUACGCGUUCGUGCGAGUAAUAGCGAUUUAUAUAGUCACGGCGCCAAUCCGCAACUGCUAUCCACUUCGUGAUGUUCGUAGACGCUUACCUUAGCGACGAUCCCGAGAACACGCGUGUCCUCACUUCCCUUUCCUCUUGAGCGACUUUCCGCGGCGCGAGUGCCUCAAACGCGACACUGUCCGACACGGUCGUGCGACAAAAAAAAAACCCGGAUUAUUCUGCGAACGGCGUAUCUCAAAAUUAUCCUAAAGUGUCAGGGCACGGAAAAAUUAGUGAAAGGUUCGAAAACUCGGCGCCGAAAGAACCGAACUGACGAGGAUGAGUUCCCCUCGAGAGUAUUCUCUCUGUAACUUUUAUAGAUCUCUAUUAGAUAUAAAGUAAGUUUUGGAGCAAAUUUUCAAAUUCCUAGCCGAAUGUCUCGAGGGAGAAAGACGCCGCUGUCUACAAGAAAUUGUUCCUCAUCUCUUCGGCUCUUUCAGCGCUUAAAAUUACGCGCGCUAAAUAAUCGUAAUAAUAUGUUAAGAUUGAACGAUCGCAGGGUGAAAAUUCAAUUGUUCUAGAUUCGUAGAGGCUGAUUCGGCGGUCCUGAUAAUCUGAUCAGUCGAGUUGUGAAACCACGUACGACAAGUGAUAACUCGAUCGCGUCGGGUGAAGGGACCAUAUUUGUGCUAGAAAAAAAAAAUAAUCCUCUCGAGAUCAUUUCUUUAUCGGUGAGACGAUCGUGUUGAGAUAAGGUUGUAUUCUCUUCGUUCGGAACGGCCUUUUCGCGGAGAGUUCUCAGCGACCAACUGUCCGUUCGUCUGAUAGUAACGCUAGUGAUAUAUGUGCAAUGUAAAUAAUAUUUUUCACGAUUUAAACAGGGAAACCCCCCCGGCGUCCUAAUCACGGCGCGUGGGCCGCGUCUAAAAUGUUUAUAGUCCUGAAUAUAAUAUAAUCUUGUAAUCUUUCUGUAAUAAAUAUCGUUCCGAUUGUA